UGUUCAUCUGCACAGGAAGGAUUCACUACUUUAUGAAUGAGCUGCAACAAGAGCCUAUCCGUGUUUACACCAAAAGGCUUUCGCGGCAACAUGCAUUUUACAUAUGACCUGUAGACUCAACGAAAUCGUUCACACUAUUUGUUUAGAAAGUGUCUUUGUGCCUGUGAUGUUUGUCAAAUCAAGGUAAGAUGACGAGGCGCGGAGAUGCUGCAUCUGUGCGUUACCAGCUAGCUGAAGCUAACGGUGAGCUAGCUGCUGUGUUAUUAUGCAGAGAGGAAGCUACGAGGGGAGAGAUGCAGAAAAGAGGAGAAAGGUGUGGUAGCCAUGUGAAGUGUUAUUGGAGGCAGUGAUGAUGUCUCAGCUGGAUGAGGUUCAGACACUGACCCAGCAGGUACGACACAGGUAGACUAGAAGCAGGAGCGAUGAAAGAAGAAAGCAAGGCACAAUGUGAAGAGGAGGCUUUCUUUGAAGACCAGGACUUCCCCCCUGAGGACAUUUCCCUUCUCUGUGACAGCUCCACGCCCAUCGCCAGGCUGCAGGGAGACAUCACGUGGCGACGCCCACAGGAGAUCUGUGAGUCUCCAGCUCUUUUCCCUGAUAACAUCAGCCUGGGUCAUGCAAAACAGGGUUUAUUGGGCGACUGCUGGUUUCUCUGUGCCUGCUCCUUCUUAUUAAAGAACAAACAUCUUCUGAACAAGGUGUUUCCUCCAGACCAGCCACAGUGGGGGGACAGCAGGUACAGGGGCUCCUUCCAGUUUCAUUUUUGGCAGCAAGGACACUGGACAGAUGUAACCAUUGACGACCGUUUGCCCUGUAUCAAUUCCACCCUUUGCUUCUCACGCUGCCACUCGCCUAUUGCCUUUUGGGUAGCCCUGUUAGAGAAGGCUUAUGCCAAGCUUCAUGGUUCUUACGAGCGACUGUGGGCGGGGCAGGUGUCCGAGGCUCUGGUGGAUGUGACCGGGGGUCUGUCAGAGUGCUGGAGUCUGGGAGCCUUUGGGUCAGAGGAAGAGCAGAGACCAGAAGAAGACAGUGACCAGGUCAGGAGGAGAAGGCUGGACCUUAAACUUCUGCACCCAGUGAAAGACAAGUGUGCGAUCAGCUGCUCCACUCACAGCAGCCCUGGAGGUGCCAGUGAGCUGGGUCAGUACCAUGCGAUGACUAUCAUGGAGUGGUUGGAUGUGAAGACGGUGUCAGGGAGUGAAAUCCUGCUGCUGAGAAUCAGAAACCCGUGGGGAAGAUGCUGCUGGGGAGGAGCAUGGAUAGAGAGUGGUGCUGGUUGGAGUUCUAUCGACCCCGUUUCUGCUUUGGAGCUACAAGCCAGGGCGGCUGAUGGCGAGUUCUGGCUGGGCGAGGAUGAAUUCAUGUCCCAGUUUGAUGAUGUCACUGUUGGAUAUCCAAUCAGUGAAGAGGGCCAUCUUAAGAGCAUCUAUACUGGAAAUGUGCUGACUCACAACCAUCAGCUGGCGGGCCGGUGGAUGAAAGGUCACUCAGCUGGUGGCAGCCGAAACAGCAGCAGCUACAGCAGCAACCCGAAGUAUUGGCUCAAAGUAUGCGAGAGAGGAGAGGUGCUAGUAUCUCUGCUACAGCAUAAAAAAUGGAGACAUACAGAGAAAAAUGCACAAACACCACAGGAGGACAGUGGGAACACAAAGCACCAGCACUACCAGGCUGUCGCUCUGCACAUGUGGAAGGUGGAGAAGAAGCGUUUUAAUCUGAGCCGGAUGUUGAACAAACGUCCUUGUGCUUCUACUCACUGCCAUGCCUAUGAGAGAGAGGUGGUCCUGCACGGGCAGCUGGAGCCCGGAUACUACCUGCUGAUCCCCAGCACCUACCAGCCAGGAGUCGAGGCCCGCUUUCUUAUCAGGGUCUUUUCUUCCUCUUCCACAUCCUUCUGUGCCCUGAAAAGCCCAGCACCUUCACUGCCAUUAACUACUGAUGGAGAGUGGGAGACAAGUUACUUCCGGGGCUCGUGGGUGGAGGGAACAACUGCCGGAGGAAGCAGGAACUUCCUGUCUUACUGGCAGAACCCACGCUUCCCUUUCACUGUGUGUGCUGAGUCAGCAGAGAUGUCAGGGGUUCAUGUCAGGAUUACCCUGCACCAGAGCCGUCCUGACAGUCAUCUGCACCCUAUUGGCUUUCACAUUUACAAGAUCCUAGAAGCUGAACCUGAUCAGACGUUGACCAGGGACCAAGAGCCUGUGGCCAGCUGUGUCCCUCACUGCUACACUCAGGAUGUCAGUCUGACUUGCUGUCUGUCUCCUGGAGCUUACACCAUCGUGCCCUCCACCUAUCAGCCCAACUGCUCAGCAGAUUUUACCCUCAGCCUGGCUCGCAGAAUUCAUAGGAAAGUUGUGAAAAGCCGGGAGAUGCUGGGAAGAGCCAUUGAGGAGAUCUCUCACAUCUCUGUGAUGCAGAGCUAGUUCUCUGGGACUGUUGCUGCUCCACUGACGUCGGCUCACCUCGCUGUGCCUCUUGGCCCAUGAUGAAAGAAGCGGUCCCUUCGUCCACCCUCACUGUGGAUGCCAUGUGUGUGUUCAUGUAUGUGUAUGUACUUUAUGUGUACUGUCAGAGGCUGAGGAGGCAGGCGGGCAGAUUUAGUGGGAAUGUGUGUGUCGGGAAUCCUGGAAACCCCUUUAUCCUGAACCGCUGAGGCUCAGGGCUGAAGGGCAGCCACACAUUCAUCAGCGAUUAGGACAUCAGAGGUUGUCGGUGGGCUGGGCUGCUAAUGAAGUAUGACGGGACUGGCCGGUGUAAACAAACAGCCGCCAUUGAAGAGGGCCGCCGCUGGUCUUGCUCAUUCACUCACUGGUGCGCCUGCCGGCCCAGAACAAAGGACCCUCUCAUGAAGGUCUUCACAGAGACGCAAGGGGCGAGGGGAUGGUCUCCGACAGCAGAGCCAACCAAACCACACUAGACCAUACCGUGCCAUACCAUGCCAGAACAGUCCUUCUGUCUCUCACCAACCCCCUGCGGAUACUCUGCUCCUUACCUUGCUUGCAAUAUUUGUCAGUUCUUCAUACCCUCUCUCAAUAACAAAAUCGGGCUUAAGAAGUCCACAUAGUUUCUGACUCCAUCCUUGCCUCCCAACCUCCCCCUCCCCACCGCUCGGUCCACAGCUCUGGACCUGAACAGUGCCGCAGUUUGAUGUUGCCGCACAAACAGAUGACAAGCGGGCAGAUGAAGGGAUGAAACAAGGGAUGCGGCACAUCAGAGGAGGCCGGCUCAUAUGAAGGAGCUGCCAGUCCUUUUUGUGUUGUUGGUGUGAGCCUGCCCACAAGCACCCAUGUCUGUUUGGGGAAGUCAUGGGGUUUAUGAUUAUUCAUUGGAGCCAGAGUUAACAGACUAUUACUAAGCUAUAAUUAACCUUACAGCGGUACGGUACUGUAUUUAUUAUGUGAGCGGAUCAGCUCAAUGAGUUGUGAUCAAUAAAACGUUGAAACAUAAA